AUGGUGGAAGAGGCAGGGCCUUCUAGUAAUGGUAGUGUUUUUCAGUUCGACGUCUUCUUGAGUUUCAGGGGAACAGACGCCCGCCAAGGCUUCAUAAGCCAUCUCUACAAAGAGCUGAACCGAUUUGGUGUGAUCACUUUUAUAGACAGCGAGGAACUUCAAAAGGGUGAAAGAAUCAGCCAGCUGUUCCACUACAUGGAGUCAUCACAGAUCUUCAUACCCAUCUUGUCGAAGAACUAUGCGCAGUCGAAAUGGUGCCUCUUGGAAGCUGCCAAGAUGGUGGAGAUCGCUGAGGGGGCCCAGCAGAAAAUGAGACCGAUCAUUCCUGUGUUCUAUCAUGUUGAUCCUUCUGAUGUCAAAGAUGAUGGAGGGUUGUACAAGUCUGCUAUCGUUGAGCUCCAGAAAGAGGGAGGGUUGGAAGGAGUGAAUGUGCAAGAGUGCAUAGAUGCCUUGAAAACAAUAGGCCGCAUUUCUGGCUUCCCUUUCAAGAAGGGCACAGAGAACGAAGCGGAACUCAUUAGCUGCGUACGCAGGGAUGUUGAGAAGUUACUUGGCAGAGUCCGAUUUGCUGUGCAGCCCAUUGGCAUCGAUUCUCAAAUAGAUAAGGUGAUUAAAAUGUUGGAGGCACAAGUAAAUGGUGUCUGCAUGGUUGGCAUCUGUGGAAUGGGGGGAAUUGGUAAAACAACAAUUGCCAAAGCCAUAUAUGACAAGCUGCCUUUUAGUGAAUUUGAUGGUAGAAUCUUCAUCGAAGAUAUGAGGGAACUUGCUUCUGAUAGAAAGGGGCAUAUCUCAGUACAAGAGAUGCUCAUUUGUGAUGUUUUAAAAAUAGGAAGUGUAUCCAUACGCACGGUAGAGGAUGGGUGGAACAUCAUUAAACAGAAAAUUGGUGGCAAGCGAGUCCUUCUAAUUUUAGAUAACGUUGACAAAGUAGAUCAGCUGAAACCAUUGUUAGGUGAUUACAUAUGUCAUAAGCCGGACGAUUUGGUUGGCGGAGGAAGCAAGAUCGUUGUCACUACAAGAGACAAGGCUGUACUCCUUAGGUACAAAAUGAAGGAGCAUCAAAUAUAUUACCCAGAAGAACUAAAAGACCCGUGGUCGCUGAAAUUAUUCUACAAACAUGCAUUUAUGCACGAACCACCAUCAUUUGAGCUUCUUCACUUAGCAAAGGAAGUUGCAGGGAUCGUUGGUGGGCUACCGUUAGUUCUUGUGACAAUUGGGUCGGUUUUUGCUGGUUUAUUAACACGAGAAGAAUGGGAAGGUGAGUUGAAAAAAAUAAGGAAAAAUAGAGGGGCACAUAUUCUGGAAAAGCUGAAAUGGAGUUAUGAUGGGUUAGAUAAUGAUCAGAAGUGUGUAUUUUUGGAUAUAGCAUGUUUUCUUGUUGGAGCAAAAAAAAAGCGCGCCACUUAUCUUUGGGAUGACCGUUCUCAUGAAAAUGCAAUUAGAGUUCUUAAGGAAAGAAAUCUUAUCAGCAUCGAUGAUGAAGAUAGGUUUAGGAUGCAUGACUUAAUUCAAGAAAUGGGAAGGUCAAUAGGUAGCGGUGAAGGAAAUAUUGAUCCUUACAUUAACAUCAGACUCUGCUUUAAGAAUGAGCAAUCGAUUAUGUUAGAGGAUUUCCAGGAAAAAGGGAAAGUUGAAGGCAUCGUUCUAAACGUGGAAGAGCAAUGUACUGAAACCAGUUUGACCAUGAAAGUAUUUGUGGAUAUGCCUAAACUAAGGCUGCUUCAACUCAACUUUGUUAAUUUCUUGAAGCCUAAGAUUGGUCAUUUUCCUAAGAGACUGAAAUGGCUACAGUGGCGAGGCUGCAUUCUGGAGUCAGUGACAUUUGACAACACAUCUUUUGAGAACCUUGUUGUACUUGACUUAUCUCAAAGCAGAAUUUAUAGAUUAACAUUGAAAAAUAAGGGGAAGACUUUCGAACAUUUAGAGGAGUUAAGUGCUUCGGGAAGUAAAACCUCGAGGGAGGAUGAAACAUUCUCUUUUAUGGUUCCACUUGGUUCACCAAGUAGCCCAUUGCUUCUACAACAGUUGCAAUGUUAUGGGGAUGGCAGCAAAUCUGGCAUUCUAAGUAAUAUUUACGUUAAGGUCUCGGUUAAGGAAAUGGAAGACAAUCUAGUAAUCUAUGAGACCAUAUUUAGCGGUUAUCGUGACAUUGACAACGAAAUUGAUUGGAAAUAUGGUUGGUGCUAUACUGUUUCUUUUUCAGAAUAUGAUGAUAUAAACAUUUUCCCCAAUCUCUAUAGGCCUUGUUCAAUAUGUGUGUCAACGGCUAAUAACUUCCCUUUGAUAAAGGUUGAUAUUCUACUUAGAAGUGCCUGCAGAUGGAGCAAAAAUUAUUCAAAAGUGAUUCCUGUUGGUGAGAAUGUAACAAAUUCAAGGAGGAUCUCUGUCGAGCAAAACCAGUCAUUGCCAUCGAUGUUGUCAGCUGAAUAUUCUACAUUUGAGUUUGACGUAUUGUUUAGAUAUGUAAAAGAGGAUAUUGAUACCAAAUUUAUAAACAACCUAUACAAGGCCCUACAACAGCAUGGCAUCCGCAUAUUUAAAGAUGAAGAUGUUGCAAGUAAAGGGGGAGAAUGUUUGCUCACCUACAUUGAAAGAUCGGCCAUCUGCAUACCCAUCUUCUCGAAGGGCUUUUCUCAGUCAAAGUCACACCUUAACUCGGUUGCCAAGAUGGUAAACUCUAGAAAGUUUAUUAUACCUGUAUACUUUCAAGUUCAUCCUUUAGAUAUCAGAGAUCAAAAGGGAGAGUUUGGAACAUAUUUCUCUUGUGACGAAAAUGAAGACCAAAGAGAGAUUGUAGAAGAUUGGAGAAAAACAUUGGAAGUUGUUGUUAGGCGAUGCCAUCACCAAUUUAGCUACGACACAAACAGGUUUAUUCCCAUUUGUCUCCUUCCUCUACGCAUUGUUCCACAUAUCCUGUAG